CAUAAGUUAAAGCCACAAAGGCCAGAGGGGAGAUUAUACAUUGCUAGUUUAGAUUAUUCUUGCUCUUUAUUCAUUUUCGCUAUGCGACUUUGCGCAAAUAUUUCCAGGGCCCAAACGGUCCCAGCUUUGUACGUGUUUGGGGACUCGCUUGUAGAUGUUGAGAACAAUAAUUACUUGCCACUAACUAUUGUUAAAGCCAAUUUUCCACACAAUGGGAUUGACUUUCCAAGUGAGGAGGCAACCGAGAGAUUUUCCAACGGCAAAAAUGCAGCAGAUAUCAUAGCCGGAAAAUUGGGAUUACCAACACCCCUUCCAUACCUUUCCCAGACAGACAAUGUGUUUCUCAAAGGUGCAAGCUUUGCUUCAGGGGGAGCUGGAGUGUUCAACACCACGGACGAAGGCCUCAUUAAGCAUACAAUCCCAAUGGCUCAUCAAGUGGAACAUUUCUCUACCGUGUGCCAAAGGCUAGAGAAUGAAUUGCGGUCGCGUGCUGCAGUGCAGAAGCACUUGGCCAAACCACUCUUUCUCCUUGUAAUCGGCAGCAAUGACAUAAUUAACCAUUUCAAAUUGGGAUUGUAUGCUUCAUCGGAGGAUUACACUCCCCAGCAAUAUGUGACUCUAAUGGUUUCCACCCUCAAACAACAACUCAAGGGUAUAUAUGAUAUUGGAGGGCGCAAAUUUUUAGUUUUCGGUAUAGCCCCAAUAGGAUGCGCACCAAGGUUUAGAUUUGAGGAUGUAAGCAACGAAUGCAAUGAACAAGUAAAUUACUGGGCAAAGAAGUACAAUGAGAAACUCACACAAAUGCUGGCCCUACUGCACUUGGAGGUCAAUGAAUUUUGCUAUUUAUACUUUGACGCGUACGGCAUUUUCCUCGACUUCAUUCAGAGACCAGAGUCCUACGGAUUCAUUGAGACAAAAGCUGCUUGCUGCGGGCUGGGCCGAUUGCGGGCCAAGUUACCUUGCACACCACUUGCUUUGGUUUGUUCGAACAGAAAUGCUACCUUUUUUGGGAUGUGUACCAUCCUACAGAGGCAGCCGCUCUCAUAUUCAUUGAAAAGCUUUUCGGUGGUUCCAAAGAUCAUGUAUUCCCCAUGA